AUGCCUUCUUAUCUUUUUUUUCCAUUGUUUGAACAAUUUAAACAACUUCGUACAUUAAAUCUUCAUUAUCAUCCUAGAGCUGUUGAUCCGAAACUAAUUCAACGUGCCCUUCAUUCUUUAUUGACAACGACUAUUGAGACAUUGUCAAUCAUAGUUAUCGAUCAACCCAAAACAUUAGCAUUGAAUACAAUCCUAUCGCAAAUUUGGCGUUCGAAAACACUCAAGCGACUUUCGUUGUUUGUAUCAUGUGACAGUGUCGAUUGGAGCAAUUUCCAACCUUCUACUUCUAAUGUCGAAUAUGUGACUAUUUCGGAUAUAGAUUGUACAUAUGAAAAUCUUCAAGCUAUUUUUCGAUCUGCUCCUCAUCUCAAAUACGUUAAUAUUCGAUUGACAUGUUCACCACUUGACGCAUAUGCGUAUUUUCGACGAAAAAAUAUCAAAAAGAUCGUUCCAACACUAAUGGUUAUACUUAAAACUGAUAUUACACUUUCGAGAACAUGA